AUGGGAGAAUUAAUUCUUUAAAGUUCAAUAACUUAGGGAUAAAGUCCUUAGACAAAGCAAAAUACCUUGAAAUUGUAACAAAUUUAGAAUAAAUAUAAUAUCUAAGCUGGGUUCGAGAGAGUACAAAGAGAGCGAAAAAAAAAAGAAGGUUUAUAGAAUGAUAUUAUUUAAAAUCAUUAGUGGUAUCUAAAUUAGAUUUAUUACAUAGCAAAAGCCAAAGUUUAUGAAGUGGAUAGAUAUCUAACCGGAAUGCAGUAAGAAUCUUGGAUGUAUGUAAAUGAAGUUAGGAGAUGUAUCAAAUCAAAUAUGAAUUAAAUAGCGAUGAAAAGGAAAUUAUAAGUUUUGAAGACUGAAGAGCGAUAAUGGAGGGAUUUGUGGGAGAAAUUUCAUUAAUUACUACUCGUAUGGCGAAAAUAAAAGUUGUAUCAAAGUUGGUCAAAGGAAAUUACUUAUAAGAAGCACUUUGGAUAUUAUUCAAAUGAGAAGACAUCAGAAAGAUUUUAAUGAAUUUUUGAUUUUAGCAUAUAUGAGUCAUUCGACGAGAAGGUGAAAAAAGAUUGACAUUUAGAGUGAGCCUUCAAAUGGAUUCUUUGAUUUAUAGCAAUAAAAAUUAUGUGGUGUGUUAUAUGACGAAGAAGGUUAUUGAAUGAAAAUGGGGAGAGUGGAUUGGGAUGUCGGAUGGAUUUUAUGAUUAUUCAUAAAUAACAUACUAUAAAAUUGUUAAAUGGAAUAUCUUGGAAGGAAAUAUAAAAAUAUUGUAUUUAGUGGAGAUAUUAAAUAAUUUUAUACAAUGGAGAAUAUCAAACGGUAUACUAAUGGAAAAUGGGAAGAAUAUGAUUUCAUAUUAAUUUAUUUAGA